CUCCGCUAAAUUAGAGGUUCUUCGACCUUCGACCUCCAUGUGGCUGCUGCGUCGUCAAGGAUGGUGAACGUCCCCAAACAGCGCAAGACGUUCUGUAAGACUUGCAAGUGCCACUCCUUGUUCAAGGUCACCCAAUACAAGGCGGGGAAGGCAUCUCUUUACGCUCAGGGGAAGAGGAGGUACGAUAGGAAGCAGAGAGGGUAUGGGGGACAGACUAAACCAGUUUUCAGGAAAAAAGCGAAGACAACGAAGAAGGUUGUCCUGAGAAUGGAGUGCUCCAAAUGCCACAAGAGAAAACAAGUCUCUCUCAAGAGGUGCAAACAUUUUGAGCUCGGAGGAGACAAGAAGCGAAAGGGCCAGAUGAUCCAGUUCUAGGAAUACUAUAAUUUUUAAUGUUCUCUCGUUGUAAAUAUUGCUCUCAUCGAAGUCCGGUAAAAAAAUUGUGGUCACGUGUGUGCGGGUCAAAGGUCGGCUAGUUGUUCCAACUGGAGCCCACCAGAGAAUUGAAGAGCCGAGGAGCUAACAAGCUCGCAUGGAUCUGGAGAAUUGUCGCCCCGCGGUGGAAGAGGAGCAAAUCGACAAUCUAAACGACGAGACUUUCGGAGACGGCGCAGUAGAAGAUGACUGGGAGGCAAGUCACCUGGCCAAACUUGACGGCGAUGGGAUUCCCCUCCCCGUCGAGGGAUUACAUCAUGAUGAUGCAAUCCUGGGAGCCGUAACGACCACGAUGACAGCGCCCCAGAACGGCAGCCACACCCCAAAAUCGUCCUCAGCAGUUGGAGAGCUGGAUUCCUCUCUUGCCAGUUUGAAUCUGAAGAGUCUGUGGCCCUCUUCCCCCAAACAGACGUCUACGUUGGAGUCUAUUUGGAGCUCACCCGAGUUGCCACGGCCGCGGGAUGCCACACCUCCAAGGGGCGGAGUCCCGCCUGGUGCAAUAUCAUUGGAGGAACUUGAGAGAACCUACACAUCCUCACCCCCUCCCCCAAACCACACCCCUCCCGCCAUUGACCACACCCCUCUUCCUUCUCAGUACAGCAGAAGUCCACCGCCACCUCCCCAUAUGAUGUAUCUUCCGCCACACGGAAGAAUGCCACUUCCAAUUCACCCGCUGAUGAACAGAGGUGGGUGGAUAAUGCGCGGUCCUCCCCCACCUCCCCAUCUUCUCCCUCCUCACAUGAUGCCACGCCCACUGCCACACCCCCUUCAACACCCACCUCCAAUCACUGGUGUACGCGGGUACCCAGUUCCUCCACCUCACUCCGCUGCGGGCCCCCCUCCCCGAUAUCUCCUCCCACACCCUCCCCUCCUCUCUCCUCACUCCCUCACUCCUUCUCCUCCUCACCACACCAGUCACCAACGCCCCAGAAAUGAAUACCAGCAAAACAGAGAACCGUCGCGACGUAGCGAACUGCUGAGUGAGAUGAAACGCGAUGGGUCAGGGUUCAUGACCCAGAGAGAGAAGGAAUGGGUCGUGAAGAUACAACUCCUGCAGCUCCAGGGGUCCGACCCAGAGAAUGAUGACUAUUACUAUCUGAACUAUGUGAAGAGAAAGGCCAUGAAGGAAAGUGCUGAGUCGGCAUCUUUCUCCCUGGCUCUCCCUCAAGUCUCCAGGGAAGAGAAGAAUUACCAGCCGGUGAAAUUUGAGCAGACACUGGGGAAGCUGUCCCAAUCCUCACUCUCUGCUCCUCGCAAGAUGAUCGACGCUCCUAUUUCGCUGGCCGGGGGAGGAGAGGGAGGAGGGAGGGAGGUCACUACCAGGAAGAGACAGGUCUUACUCAUCAUUGAGAAGCUGUACAGUCUUGUCCUGGCUCUGGAAGAUCUGGACAAGAGAGCGCUCGCUCUACCAGAUGUGGAGAGAGGUGUGGUUUACACAAGAAAAGAGGAAAUUUGCUCCGAGAUAUUUGACCUUCUUCGACUGAAGACCCUUGAGAAGGCAGGGAGAGGGGAGGAGCAGAUAUUUCAGUUGAUGACCAGCUACAGAAAGGGCAAACGGCUGCUGAAAAGAGUCAUUCCUAUUUUGACCGACGCACAUGCACAGGCAGUUCUGCUGGCGAUCCUCAGGAACAUGUUACUUCUCCUCAAACGAGACUUCACUGAUCAGGUGCUCCCCGAUCUGAUCCCGGCAGUGAAAGGGGUGAUCAAUCAGUGUGAUCUCCAGCUGGUGACCCGCUACAUACUGACUCUAAUGCAGCUGCCUCCUGGAUCCAAGAUAGCCCCGCCCUCCAUCGUCAAGGUCGCCAGUCAUGAGUUUGGCAGUUCCCUGCUACUGAUUCUGGUGAAGAAGGGACGCGUGCUGUGUGCCUCUCCUUACAACACUCCUGGCCUCCGCCAAGAAUGGCUAACAACCACAGACCUCCUAUGCUCCACCCUCACCCCUCACUCCUCCCUCCUCUCCUCCCUCUCCACCAAUUCCACUCUCCUAGCAACCCUGUCUAAGUCCCUCCAAUAACCUUGGUAACCAAGCAAAUCUCUCUCAUCGGGUCAACAAGUGUAUUAUCCCAUUGCUUUCAGUUGUAUGGUUUCAUAACACGAAACAAGUCUAUUAUUAUAUAGCCGCAUCAUUUUGCAUCGUUGAGCUCUCGUUUAUAUAUAUAUCUUACUUUCCUUUUUGAAAUGUGUAAUAAUUUCCCACAUUUUUGCGUUGUUUUUCUAUUGAUUUCACUUUUUUGAUCGAUACAACCAACUUUCUGCCACAUGCGCAUUUGUGAUCACGUGAUAAAUGUAUGACGUAACACCGGAGCGAUCGAUCGUCGAUCGACCGAUUGGAGUGUGGGAGGGAUCAGUUUGCGGAGCUAACAACUGGGGAACGAAGGGUUUCCCUAAGUUGCGUGGAAGCUGAGAGGCCGCGCACACGGCUCCACAGGACGGACAAAGCCUUCACACGAGACCUCGCGUCGUAGAUAGCUCGCCAAGUGCGCAUCUUUCAGCCCAAAACCGUAUCCUAAUUCGGUGCUCCCUCUUUUUUCCGGUCGGCGGAGAGAAAAGAAUAUCCGUCAGUUCAGUGGCUUCGUCGAGCAAUACUCGUUCCAGUUUUGAUUGAAAGUGACGAAGGAGGGGUCGUUUUAUUUACCGUAUCUCCCGCAACAAGCGCCACUUCCUUUCUCAGCCACUGGAAUUCUGCGUGUCUGAAGGACUCUUCUCCAUUUAGAGCCCACUAUAGGUACCUGCGCUAACAUGGCGACUGUGACCGAUAGAGAUGACGUCAUCACGGAGGCGGGAGGAGUUGAGGAAGAGAGGGGUGCGGGAGGGACUUCCCCUCUUCCCUCUGUCUCAGACGAUAAGAAUAACGAUCCGGGAGAUCCUCCUGCAUAUCCAGGAAACGAGGGGGAGGGGCAAGAGAUGGUGGUGAUAGGGAGAGGAGCGACAAAAGUCGAAGAACCAACCGUCACUUUUAUAGCGAAGGAUGAAGCCUCGGAGAGUUCCAGUCAACCUCCUCUGAACUAUGAUUUCUCUGUGUCCACGAGUCUGGAGUCAGUUUAUUCCACUUUCGCCGGUGCCGCUGGCUAUGUUGAAGGGACAUUUUCUCUCGUCUGGAAGAAGAGAGGAGGUUCCUCGUCCUCCACGGAAGAAGAACAAGAACUGUUCGAGAAGUCGACUGCCACGCUGUUUGAGACCGGGAUGGAGGGAGGGAAGGAAUAUCUCGUCAUCAGGAAAAAAGAUGGUGUCGUUCUAGAAAAGAAAACGUCCGUGAGCACGUAUUCCAGCUCAGGGCAGGGUUCGAAGGUCACCCCAACCACCCUGAGCAAUGCCAGAUCCACUGGUGGUGGUAACUAUGGCAGCAGUAACUACGGCAACAGCUCCAGUAGCUAUGGAGGUUACAGUAACUAUAGUUACAACUACAGCUACAAAUCUGAUACAGGUUACGUGGGGCUGGUAAACCAAGCCAUGACCUGCUACCUCAACAGUCUACUGCAGACUCUCUACAUGACUCCAGAGUUCAGGAACGCCCUCUACAAGUGGAGGUUCAUGUCAGCGGAUGACGGAGCUAAAUGCAUCCCAUACCAGCUACAGAAGCUCUUCAUUCAUCUACAGACGUCGGAAAAGAGGGCAGUGGAAACGACUGACGUGACUAAAAGCUUUGGUUGGGACAGCAGUGAAGCCUGGCAACAGCACGACGUACAGGAGCUGUGCCGCGUCAUGUUUGAUGCGCUGGAGAAGAGGUUCAAGAAAGACAAGCACGAUGAGGCCGACCUCAUCAACCACCUCUACCAGGGCACACUCAAGGACUACGUCAAAUGCCUGGAGUGUGGCUACGAGAGCGCAAGAGAAGACCACUUCUUGGACAUUCCUCUCGUCAUCAAACCCUUCGGAUCCAACAAAGCCUACGGCUCCGUGGAGGAAGCACUGGAAGCGUUUGUGGAGCCGGAGACUCUGACAGCUGACAACCAGUAUAACUGUGAACAUUGCCAGAAGAAAUGCGACGCUCACAAGGGUUUAAAGUUCAAGUCCUUCCCCUAUCUCCUCACUCUGCAACUGAAGAGAUUUGACUUUGACUACUCCACCAUGCACAGGAUCAAACUUAAUGACAGAAUGACAUUCCCCAGGAUUUUGGAUCUGAACCAGUUCGUACUGCCAGAAGACAUGCUGUCGGUACCUGAGGAUGUGGAGGAGGUAUAUCGUGACUUUGUCGUCGAGGAAUUUGACCCUCGACCUCCGCCGUAUAAUUACUACGGUCGCUCUGGCAACACUCCUAGUUACAGCAACGCCGUCAGCUCCACCUUUGGUGGAAGUAGCGAUCAUAGAACCUCGGCCAGCAGGUCACAUGACGUCGACCAAACCGUUGCCGAUAGCAACAACGACGAGAGCGAGGUUGCCGAUGGCAACGACGAGGGGGAGGGGGAGAGAGGAGGAGGGGGGACGGAAGUAGAGGAGAGUCCUACAGAACUGACAGUUGGACAAAGAAUGAGAAGAGGACCAUACGUGUACGAGCUGUUCUCCAUCAUGAUUCACUCAGGCAGUGCAAUCGGAGGACACUACUACGCCUACAUCAAGUCAUUUGCCGACAAGAAAUGGUACUGUUUCAAUGAUCAGAGUGUGUCGAAACUGAAUGAGGAGGAUAUUGAGUGUACGUUCGGAGGACCUGACAGCCGUUCCCGUGGUUACUACUCCUCCAUGUACGCCUCGUCAGCAAAUGCGUACAUGUUGAUGUAUCGCCGCAUCAACCGCAGCAAAAACAAAGAUUUCCUGCCGAAGGAGGACCUCCCUCAGCAUGUCCUGGAGCAGAUAAAGGAGGACCGGCGGCUGCAGGAGGAGAAGAGGAGACUGGAGGAAUAUGAACGCAGCCUCUGCAAGUUCCGGCUGUUUUCCCGCCACCCAGUGAGCGGUGAGCUGGUGGAGAAGAAGAUUGAGGUUCAGAACCAGUGGAUCCUUCGAGACACUGUCACCGAGGCACACAAGAUCCUGGAGCUACAGGACGUGGUUCCGGUUGCCAGGUGUCGACUGGUCCGGUACGAUGAGUACUCUGAAUGCCUCGACCAGUCCUUUGACGAAAACGAGGGGAUGGAGGAGACGUUCAGCAUAAUGGUCGGAGGCCCACGCAACUACUAUUCCUUCGAGCUGUUUCUGGAAAUGAGAGCCGAAGACGAGGUCUUCAAACCCUACAACAGAGGAGGACUAAACCUGAAGAUGCUAUUGGUCAAUCUGGAGACCCUUAAGGUUGCGUCGCCCGUGGCGAUGAGGGCAGAGCAGUCUUGGACGGUGCUGACACUGAAGGAAGCCGUGUCCGAAAAGUUUGGUCUGUCGGUGGAGACGAUGAACCUGGCAGUGGAGACGUACCAGAACGAAGGGAGGCAUCUCGCCAACGACUCACACCAACUCAAACACGAGAGCCUGUUCAAGAAACACACAAUAUUUGCUUGCAGUGACCCUGAAGACUUCCGGAAGCCAUUCAAGGAGUCGGAGAUGAACAAACUGAUCGAUGUCCACGUCAACUCUAUUCUCCUCUAUGUCACCAUCCCUCCCCCUCCCCAGAGACCUGCUAUAGCUACGACCACAGCAGAGACAACUGAAGAGCGAGAUGAAGAGAGGGAGGGGGGUGUGGCCAUGGAGAGUUCAGUGGAUAUACCGGCAGAACAACCGGCAGCUGAUACCAAAGAGGCUCCCCCCACUACGAGUGAGGGGGCAGGAACUGGGGGGUCAGAAAUUAGCCCCCCGGAGGCCCCGCCCCCGACAGAGGACGCAGUAGACAUGACUAAAGAUAGACCUCUCCAGAGGACGAUAGAGGUUCGUAUAGACAGACGCAGUACUCUGCAAGAUCUGAAGGACAUGUUAGUGGAUUAUGUUCAACAGCCGAGUCAACGACUUCAAGAUCUACCGUCUCUAUAGCAACAACCAGGAGUACGAGAUGAGUCGACUCAACGACCACCUGACCACCAUGCCGCGGGAGACACAGCUCAUCGUGAGACUCGGUCGAGCCCUGCAGGCCGGGGAGGUCAGAGUCCGCCUCUCUCUCCUGCGAAUGGAGGAGGCCGAGUUCUGCAAGCCGCUCAUGGACUCCAUAGUAACCAAAGGAAUGACAGUGGGGGAGUUCAAGAAGCAGCUGGUUCGCGAGGCCUACAAACAGGGAAUAGAGUAUCCACUGCAGAUUGGCAGACUGCGUCUCCGUAAGAAGACGUGGCGGACUGCCAGCACCAUUUACCUCGACGACCAGGUGUUUGAGAGAGACAUCCACGUCUUUGCCAACUUCGAGAUCUACGUCGAACCUCUUAAAGGUGUGGAGCCGAUGACAUCACCAGACCAGAUGCAGAUCUACCUGAAGCGCUGGCAUCCUUCCAGCUACACUGUUGACCAUCCUCACGAGAUAAUCCUGGACCAGAAUAGCCCCGCCCACCUGCGCAUGAGGAUAUCAGAAGCCAGCGGGAUACCCCAGGAGUACGUCAUGUUUGGCAAGGCUCACAACUCGUUCCCCGGCGAGAUCUCCGUUCUGGAUCUGGAGGAUGAUCUGGAAUGGAAUCCGAAGGUCACAUCGAUCAGCUCCAUGCCCCUGUCAAUUUACGACGACGGGGCCGUCCUCUACUACAAAGAUGGCAGAGAAAAGCUGAUGGACCUCACUGCCGAGAAAAAGAAUGAAAUUCUGAAGAACGAACGAACCAAGUCCACCAGCCACAGUGGCGGCAGCUCAUCCUCCUACCGAUAUCACGCCAAAGAGAAAGCCCUCAAGAUCUACACUGAAGACGAUGAAGAAGAAGAAGAAGAGAAACAGGAUGAAACGGCAAAUGGCGGCAACUGACGGAAAUGGGGGACGAGAUUGCAAACUGUGUGUUUUGAAUUUGAACGGCAGUGUUCUCUACACCUGUCUGAAAGACAGUUUUUUUCUUGAAAAAAAAGCGUAUUAUGAUAAUUCACUUCUAAUUGCAUUUUGUUGUUUUGUAAAGGCUAGCCGUUCUGUACGAAUUGUAAAUGAUGUGUGAUGGAUUUAUUAUUUAAAACUAGAUAAUUAUGCUGCAUCUUGCUAUAAUAGAUUUGUUUGACUGCUAGUUA